AUGGCCGACGACACAUCCGGCAUGUCGGCGUCCACGCCCGCACUCUCCCCGUCGAAGCUGUGCUCAAGAACCUACAAGAAAGCCUCGCAGCUCUUUUUAACCCGUCGAUUACAAGAAGCUCUUGUAUCUCUAGAGCCGGUGAUUACGGCAAAAGGCAGCAAUGAUGAUCAGGAAGUCAAUGGGACCAGCUUGCCGCCAAUUGCUACGGUUCCUGCCACCUGGCGCAUCAAAAUAUGGAAUCUGUACAUCACGCUACUGAGCGCUAUCAUCGAUCUUGGCCCAGAAGAAGGAAAGAAAGUAAUUGGACAGAAGGAAUGGAAGGACAUCUCGACGCAAGUUCGCGAUGGAGGCAUCUGGGAAAGGGUUGUGCAGAUCGGCUAUCAAGGGCGGGAGGGGUCAAUAGAUGCAGAGGUCGUAUAUAACCUGGGCACUCUUCUUUUGAACCAUUCUCCUUCCCAAAUUAUCAAUCAGCAACGACUCGAAACCUACCUCUCCUCUUACGGGCAACCGAAUCUCGAUAUUGAAGAGCACCUGAACUCGCCCACGAGCUCUCAACAACACCGCAUUCGUAACGGAGGCACAGAUACACCAAAAGACCUUGCUGCACGAGUUCGGCUGAUCGAGCUGUUUACCCUCCAUGUUCUCCCAAGAAACGAAGAGUGGGACUAUGCCGAGGAAUUUAUCAAUUUGAGCGAGGUUCUCGAUGAGGAGCGUAAGGAAGUCUUCAUGCAGACGCUGGAAGGACUCAAAGAAGAGAAAGAACAAGGCAAACUACGUGCUGCAGCACUACAGCGCGAAAAGGAAGCCGAAUUAGAGAGACAAGCACAGGAAGCAGAUCGUCAAAGAGCAGAGGAGGCUGUUGCCGCAGAAAGAGCCGCUCAACAAAAGAAUCACAAGAUGAAUGGUAGUGGGGUGGAUUACGGGAUUGAGAAAACCCAUCCAAAUGGGAGCAUCCGAGGCAAAAAGGGCGAGAGGGUAGGCAGCAGCAAAGCCGGAUCGUCAUCACGGACGGCGCUGUCACCCCCCAGCUCGAAGAACCUCAAAAAGCCGGAGAAGCCUGAGACUCGGGCGAGACAAUCACGAGCGCUGGCCGCAGGGCUCCAAAAUCUCGUGCAGUACUUGGGCAAGUCAAUAUCCAAGAACCCUCUUUCGUUCUUGAGGUUGCUGCUGUUCCUCUUGGGUAUUAUUUUUGCCUUGAAUAGACCAAAAAUCCGUGAGCGGAUCAAGAGAAUUGCUGGGUCUGGCUGGCAAAAGGUCCGAGGCACUGUCGGGAUGGGCGUGAAGGUGAGCUAUAUUUGAUGUAUUUAUUGUCUUUUCAUCGCGUUCUUGGACCAUUUAGACAUGGCCUGUUAUAUAUAUCCUUCGGUCUGUAAACCUAACCACGCUUCGCGAAUGCCCAGUAAUGAAAUGCUAUGAAACUGUCUUUCGG